AUGGGGCGCAACACAAGUUAUGAUGAACCUACGGGAGAAGCUACAUCUGUGCACACUGUCACAGAACUACCCACUUCUACUCCAGCUUCUUACGUUGAGGAUAGCGUCCUUAUUAUGUCUUUAGACACAGAAGACGCCAAAGAAAGUAUCAUUAACCUGUAUAAAAACAAUUCUAAGAUAAUUUCAGACCUGCCCCAGUACAUGGGUGCUCCAUACACGCCUUUGACAGCUCCUGAACUUGACCUCGUAAAUGUCGAAGGUUAUAACCUGACUAAUGGCGGCCAUGUUUUGUACUUAUAUUCUAGCAGGACUGAUGAACUAGCGUGGCUGAUUCCCGCGGUUUUCAUCGGCACUGUUAUCUUCUUUAUUAUCGUUUACGUGUCUUUCUACGGAGUGAAGAACCUGGAGGUCAAGGUGAUGAUGUGUUAUUUUAUACUUCGAGGAUGUUGUCGUCAAGACAGAGGUCAAAGUUCAAAUGAAGAGAUGGAGGCACUGACGUCAAACAUGGCUCUGGCGCCCUUAGAAUUGUCAGCAUACCAAACGACCAGAAGUCCACGGGAGACUGACAACUUCAUUCUUUGA